GUUGAUAUUUAAAACGAAAGUAAAACCUUAGCUUUUUUCAUGGAACAGGGCAGGGAUAAAGAGGUCAUUUAUGAGAAGUAAAACAACGAUAGGUGUCAGCAGAUAGAGGAAGAGAAUGAAAUCUUGACUAUGAGGAAGGUCUUCAAUUACUACACUUGAAACACGAUGGCUACGUUAAACCGAACAGAACGGGAACGGCUGCUGAAUUGUGGGAUAUGUGAUCGUAGAUUAACAGAACCACGAUUGUUGGACUGUUUCCAUUCGUUCUGUACAGAAUGUCUCGUCAUCAAACAAGAACAGGCAGCCAUCAAGGACGUUGUCGUCUGCGAGCUUUGUGGAAACCAUACAAGUCUAUCGAACCAGUCGAUUGAUACAUUGACUCCGAAUACAUUCAUCACAAACAUCGGAAAAGUGGACGAGAUUCUCCACUCUAAUCGUCACUUCUGUUGUUCGUUCUGUGAGGAGCAUGGGAAGUCUGAGGAAGCGAGUUCUCUUUGUUUGACCUGCGGUGAUUGGUUGUGUCUCACGUGUGCAGAACGUCACUGCGGAACCCGGAUUACAAGAAAUCAUGACGUAAUGAGCAUCAAUGAUGUCAGAGAAGACCCCAAAUAUUCAUCUGAGCUACGAAAGCUCCACGAAACAAAAUGUACCGAACACAGUGAAAAAAUUAUAGAAUUCUGUAUACAGUGUAGCACUCCAGUUUGCUUUGAAUGUUUUCAAAUAACUCACAAGCAACAUAAAUGUAUGCCGCUCAGAGAUGCUGCAUCGAAGGUGCAAGAAAAUCUCUCAAAUA